GCAAAUGAAUUCCCUGAUCCCAAAGAGACUUGGUUUAAGGCGAGGUGCCGCUAGUUUGUCAGGAAAAAAAUUGCGCUCAGCAAGUUUUUCCUGCUACCAGGAGGGAAGAGGAGAAGAAUUUGCUGGCUGUUACAGAUACAAGGAGAAGGUUGGGAAGAAAGGCCUAACCUAUAGGCACAACUAGGGCACUAUUUUUGGACAAUCAAGGAUGCACUUGAAGACGGUGCUGCUGCUAUUGUUAUAUUACAAUGUUCAUGCCACUGUGCCUCCCAGGUGGAACCGAGGUAAGAGUUAUAAAUAUAAAUUGCUUACAGCAGAGAAACAGAGGUGUUGCACAGGAGAGAUCAAUUGAGGGCUCCCUUUCCUCAACUUCCUCUACCAGCUCUUGAGAGUGGUCUGCAUAUUUGUUUGUUUGCUUAUGUUCGUCUAUUCUCAUCCACUUCAUACAACAGCCCCCUGUUUUCUUUCUUGCAAAAAAUUAACUUUAAUGUAGAUUCUCUUCCAGCUGUAAAAGGUGGACAUUGAAACCACAGGGUCCCUAUCUGGAAUUAAGUCCUGUAAACGAACACUACUAAUUGGUCUCAUAUGUUUUUAUGUGGACUCUGUUCACACAAACAGAAACCCUCCAAGCCAAAGACCUGAACUGAUUUUUUUUGCUACGCUCAACCACAUGCAGAUGUGCAUUUGAGCCUGGCUGAUUUUAAACACAUUGCGGUGGAAUCCUAUCUUGAGCUCUGCUUUUUCUCGCAAUGUAAAGGGAAAUUAAGGAAGAACGGUUGAUUCCUCUUUUAAAGAAAUGUUGGCGUGCCUCUUUUAUUUCAACUUAACUUCACACGCACCCAGCUGUCACCAUUAUUUAUUAUAUGUAUAUUUAUUAUAUGUAUAUCACCAUUCUUUUAUUGAUCUCAAAGAAGCUUGCAAAACCAGAGCCAGAACUGCUUAGCUUCAGCAAGGGGUCUCUGUACCAUGUGCCUUUAAACCCAGCUCUGGGCCUCAUCUCAUCUUAGGAAAGCUAAGUAGCAGCAUUUCUAAAAAGAGGAGUGUAUAUUAUUCAUCCACCUCUAUUCAUAUAUUACCGCAGCAGCUUAGAAGCAACUUCCCUAUAGCUUCAUCCUAUGUCACCACCUAGGUGUGAGCGCAGAAAGGCAGGCAAUGGCCCUGAUACAUUGCACCUUAAAAUGAUCAACUAUAGCAUGGCCCCAUUUGAUGACACCAGAGCAAUACUUCAGAUUGGCUCCUGUUGUGGGUUCUGGUUGCAAACACUGUGCUGCUGUGGCAAUCCUUGUACUCCAUCUAAUACAUUCACUUGCUGAUAUACUUGGGCUGUCCCAAAGGAGGACUCCAGAAAGCUUCUGGAGUUGUUCUGGGAAUUUAAAAAGGGAGUUUAAAAAUGGAUAAUACUUUUUCACUUUUUCACAGUGGAGAUGUAACCACCUAGGUGUGAGCGCAGAAAAAAAGGCAAGGCUAAAUUGGGAUUGAGCCAUACAACUCCCCUGACAUGGUCUUCCAUUUUUCUGAACCUGGUGCCCUCCAGAUACUAUGGACUAGAACUCUCACCAGCCUCAGUCACCAAUGACCAUUAUUUGCACAACAUACGGCAUGGACUAGUUGGGGGGAAGAUUGAUUGACAUAUUAUUAGGAUGUUGCUGCAGUCCUGUAUAAUUGGGAUCAGGUGGAACAUGAAUCUGCCCCAGAACCAGAAUGCUUACAUGCAAAGUGGUGGUACAGAAUGCAUUGUAUGCCUGCGAACCAACAGAAUCAUUCAAUGCUUCUCAAAGCUUAUCCUGCUGUGUUGCUUGUUGCUAUCAGUUCCGAUAAGAAAAGUUGACUUACUUCUGAAGGUGAUAGCAUAGUGCCAAAGGCAUUUGCUCCAGGUAGCCAAAAUGACACUUGGUUAUGGUGUGCAACCUCCCCAGCCCUGCCUCUGUGCGUCCAUUCAUCUGCCGCAUAACAAUUUCUCAUGGCACUGAUACGUCACACCUUAAAAUGAUCAACUAUAGCAUAGAAAGCUUCUGGAGUCCUUCUGGGAAUUUUAAAAGCCAAUGGGAGUUUAAAAAUGGAUAAUACUUUUUUACUAUUAAAAGUGCAGAUGUCAGAAUGAGAACUUUUUACUUAAUCUAGGUUCAGCCUGGGUUGUUACCAUCACAUACAUGUAAAAAAAUUAAUCUGUAGCAACACAGAGAUCUACAUUCCUUUCUAGGUUAUCCAGAAAUCAGUCAGGCCAGACACAUGUGUAGAAGGUGAAUAAGUGAAAUGCAGGAGCCAUGGUGCUUAACACACAUGAGUCAGUGUUCUCCGCGCCAGUUGGGUGGCCAUGAACCAAUUUGGAGAGCCUGCUGGGGGCUAGCCUGGUUAGCUUUGGCUCCAUCAAUGGCUCUUCUGGUGACUCACUGGUAGACAGCCAGUUUUUGUGCCAAGGAAUUCUGAAUGGAGGAAGGAGAUCCAGCAGUUGGGGCUCUUACACUUGAGUGCAGGGAUGGGAAACCAUUUUCAGCCUAAGGGCUGCAUUCCUUUCUGGGCAUUUUUCCAGGGAACCAUGCUGGUGGUGGGUGGGGCCAGAUGCAAAAGUGGGCAGGGCAUCAAAGGUCAGUUCCCCCUUUGUACCAUAGGCUGGUUUCUACACCCACCCACCCAUCACACCAUCCCGUACCCCUCAACUAUCUCAACUUGAGCCGGACAUCUCAGAAUUACAGAACCCAUCCUGGCUUCUGAUUGGAUCCCGGAAUGUCCCCUUUUUUUGGUCCAGCGCUCUGGUGCAAGUCAGCUGGCUCCCGCGAGAACUUGGGGGGGGGGCAAAAGAAAAAUGAGCAUCCUGGUUUUGAUCAGUGAGAUGUUGGAGAGUAUGCCAUCCAGUUAAGCCAAAAGCAGGAUCAGAGUCCAAGGUCACGAGCUGGUCAGGCCAACCGCUCCCCACAAUCUCAAGGAGGAUGCAGAGUCGGGGCAGUGAUGUGUGUGAGCUGGGGAGACUCCCAAGGGCCACAUUUGGCCCUUGGAACUGAGAUUCCACUUCCCUUCCUGAGUACACAGCAGUGAUGGCAUAAGUGGCCUUCACAAGAGUUGUGGUGCACUUGGCAGUUGCCCUCCUGCAUGGUGCUAAAGUAUAUUCUUUAUUUUUAUUUUUAAUACAUAUAUAUCUCACCUUUUCUCCAAAAAUCUCAAGGGGGAAUGCUUAAUUUUCUUCCUCCCCAUUUUAUCCUCACAACAACCCUGUGAGGUAGGUUAGCCUGAAAGUGACAGGCCCAGGGUCACCCAGCAAGCUUCUUGGCUGUGUGGUAAUUUGAACACUGGUCUCCCAAGUCCUAGUUCAACACUCUAACCACUGUGCCGCCAUCUGGCAAGCACACUGGGCCUCUCGUUCAGUGGCAGGGGCUAAAAGCCUCCCUUUUGACACUGCUUGUCUCUAAGGUAUAUUAGCAGGACUCCUUCAAUUGUCACUCCAUAUCACUCCCAGUGCUGGGGUACCGUACACGUUCAUUUCUUGGGGUUAUUGAGGAUUUGUGAGCAUCAUUUAGAGCAAAAAAAGCAUGGUCACUUAUUUGUGUGUUGUACUGUUUAUGGAGGCAGGCAAACGACCACUUGCAAUAAUCAUCUUGCUCAUAUACAGGGGGCCGGAUCCAUCUCUACUCAUGUGCAAGAACCAAUGGCCCCAAUUAGGAAUGCCUGACCCCGUCUGCAUGAAAAGGCACAUCCGGAGACGUAGAUUGGGAAGCAGAUGAGUUUCAGCUGGAUGUGCUUCUGUGUCCUCAGAUCCCCCUUAGAGAACUGGAUAUUUAACUAACGGGAGUUUCCCUUUUCGUUUCUGCUGGGAUCAAAAUGUUCCACUGCGUUCGAAAAAGCUCCCUGGAAAUGUUUAGAGCUUGGUAUGGAAUAUGGCAAUAUCUGGUUCGUUUUGCUGGUGAUUAAUAGUGGGGGCAUUGUUAAGGGGUGGCCAGGACCCAGAUUGCUUGCCCUUCCCACUUUUUAAUGUAAAAUGUGGCUUACAGGGCAACUGAUCACGCUUCAAGGCCAUAGAGACCCCAGUUUCCUUAAGGUGCCCAAAGGCAUCUAUGCUUGUAAAUUAGCAGAUUCCAGAUGGCAUUUUACCAGGAGUCCUUUAAGCACUGCUAGGUAAUAGGGAAAGUCAAGUUCAUGGGUUACUUUGAGGUCCAUGUGGCUAAAAUGAAAAAAAAGAAGAAGUCUGUAAUAAUGUCCUAACCUGUUUGAUCUCUCCGCUGUUAUUUGGCACUGGGUCUGUGUUUGCUUUGAUUGCACUGUCUGUAAUGGAGAAGAAAAACACUUCUUAGCCAAGAUUGUUGGGACUGCCCCAAAAUCCACAGGUUUUCAAGAGAACUUUGGCUUACAGGACAAGUUUAAUUUGUAAUUUUUUAAAAAAUUAAAAGAGAGAAAGCCUUUGCCUGAUUUGGAUAUUUUGAAACAAAUUUGUCCAUAGAAUUAUACAGUUUUAUGGGGUAUCGUAGGUCAACUAGUCCAACUCCCUGCUUGUUGCGGGAAACCCAGAGAUAGAGAGAUGACACCCUUUAGGUGUCACAAGAUGGCAACUUCCAUCAUUCUUGUCCGUUGGUUGUGCUGGUUGGGACUUGUGAAAGUUGGAAUCCAACAACAUCUAGAGGACCACAGCCGCUGCCCGGUGCCAUUCCACUUGAAGACCUCCAAUGACAGAGGGUCCAUACACUCACUCACUCAAAAUUCAGUUCUCCGCACUUCCAUAUCACUUUGUGGGGUGGGGGGUGGGGCGGAUUUAGUCCUUAUGAAAAUCCUUCACCUUUUCCAUGCAAAUUUCUCCUAAUAUAAACAUUUUUGUAUGCACUUCCCCCUGUGAACUUUGAAGGAUACCUGUGUCUCAGAGAAUGCAGAUCUGGCAUAGCUGUGUUCACACAUUGUUUUUGAGAAAUUUGGCAGGUUCCCCUUUCAAUGCAAACUGGAUCAAAUUUCAACCACCACCCCCAUCCCUACCAGUGAGUAAUUGAUUCCAUUGUCCAAACUGCUUUUUGCUGUUAUCUUACUGUUCAGCUGAAAUCUUUCAUCCUGGAAUUUAAGCUCCUUAGAUCAUGCGCUGUUCCUUGGGGCAACAAACAAGUCUUUGCCCUCUUUCUAGGUGGAAUCCUUUGGAGAGUUGGGACUAGAUCCUUAGGGAUCCCUUCCAACUCUAUGAUUCUAUGCUUCAGGUAUCCAAAGUAUGCCUACACUCGAGUAGGACCCUGGCAGAGACACAUGCCCAACUGGCAUGUUCUCUCCCUCCUGGUCUUUUGUUCGGGAGCUUCAAAAGCUUUCUUCAGCCCGAACAUCUUAGCGACCGAUGCCAACCGACACCAGCACACUUAAGGAUCUGCAGAGUCUUCGGAGCAUUGCAUGACAGACCUCAGCAACUCAGCAUUUUGGCUAAUCUACUUUAUUUACAAAUAAACACACAUAGAGCACUGCAAUAUGGCUCCCUGUCUCUAGCAUCAGACAGCAAAGAGAAAGAACAAAGGACAAUAGUCCCACUUCACAGAACACAGUAACAUAAACAUCCUGUCUCUGUCACUUCCCACUUUGUGGAGUCAAAACAUAUACGGUCAUGUGAAAGACAACAAUCCCAUGACUGCAAUAAUGGAGCAGGAAUUCUAACAGUUCCGCCUCACUCUGCUCCGCUUCUCCAAGUUAAACAUACUGAGCUCCUUUACCUCUUUUCUUCACAAGACCUAUUUUCCAAUUUCCAUCUUUGUUGACCUCCUUUGGACCACUUUUUCUACAGCAAAGAUGGGGAGCUUGUGACCCCCAUAUGUUAUUGGAUUACCUCUCCCAUCAGCCCCUGCUCUAUGUCCUUCUCAAAGUGCAGUGCCCUUCUUUAUUCCAAGCUUGUUGCUGAAUCAAUGAGACAUCAUGGCUUGGUUGCAGUGCAGUGUGGGGAAGAGGUGGGUGGGAUAUUAUUAUCCCCCCAUAUUUUUAGUGGCCAAAAUUUGGUGCGGCACUAAUCUGAACGCUUAAAAAAAUGUAUUUCUCCCCCCCUCCCCAAGAAGCUGUAAACGAACAAUAAUUAUCCAUUGUCAGUUGAAUCAGGGCAGGAUAUAUUAAGGACAGAUGUCUCUAAUGAGCCAUAUGCAGCAUUCUCCAUGGAAUGAGGACUAUGCGGUCAGUGACAUCUGAAAAAAUGGGUUGCCUGCACACGGCAAAUCCAGCUAAUUAUUAACAUUUAGGGUUCAUUGUGAAUAAGUGCAGCAUGAAAUAACCACAGAGAUGUGGUAGAUAUUUUUGGAACGACUUGUCUGCCAAUCCUGGCUAGGGUUGCCAAAUGUCAAGGUUUUAGCCUCCUUCUCAGUGUCCCUAGGAAAAGGAAUAAAAUCUCAAGAAGAAGCUGUUUUUUCUCAGGCUGUCUCUAUCCCAACCAACCAUUCGGCUGGUUCAAGUAUCCUGAAGCUUUGCAAAAAGGUUACAUUAGGCUAAAAUGCAGUCAAAGCAGUGUAUAUUUGGACUAGGUUUGCACUAAAAUGCAGAUGUAUUAUCACAAAGGCUUUUUUUUAAAAUGCAAACUGAUGUGGAAAUGUGGAGGAUUGAAUUUAAGAUUGGAAAAAGAAGAGACAGGGAGCAACCUAAAUUGUCAGAUUUGCCCAUCUUUAUGUGGCAAGAUGAUUGUCAGAUUUACUCAUCCCUACCUGAAUCAUAGAAUCAUAAAUGUUUAGAGUUGUUGAGGACCCUGAGGGUCAUCUAGCCCAACCCCCUGAAAUGCAGAAAUCUCAACUAAAGCAUCCAUGACAGAUGGCCAUCCAAUCGCUGCUUUAAAAGCACCUGGGAAUAAGAUCACCCAUCCCACUGAAUUCAGUAGGAAAUACCUCUGAGUGGACCUGCACUUUUAGUCUGGAUCUAACCCCAGAUCAGUCUGGAUCAAACCCAAUACCUCUAAUUCCACAUAAAUGCAAAUAUUCACAGACACUUACAGAAGCUUCUUGUCUACAGGGUCACACUUUUGGCUUGCCUGAGGUUAUGAUUAUCUUUUCCACGGCUCUGCCCCAAGAAUAAAAACAAAUCAUGCCUAGCUGGAAUUGGCACUCAGUGAAGUUCCACAGACCAGCUAUUAUUCUGAUUCAUUUUUAAAUAAGAGUACUGCUUUCUAAGAUUAUGAAAGAGCUGAAUUCAUAUAAGCAGGAGACAGUAGACUCCUUUUGCAGCAUAAAAUCUGCUCCUCCUCCUUCUAGAGGGAGAAGAGGGAGUGAUUCCACCCGCAAUAGCCUAGCCUGCUGACCACUCCCUUUCUCAAACCCACCUAAGGGCAAUUUUUGCCAGACGCACGAGAGCCUGAGGGCUCUUAGCCAUUAGGCCCAUUGCCAGGGCCUCACCUUCUUUAGGAGGAAAAGAGCAGAGAACACUGUAAUGAGAGCAGCAUUUGGAGAGAUCGCUUGUUCUCUGUCUGGAGUCUGGCUUUAUGUCAUGUUCUCUGAAGAGAUCAUUUGGUGGAGUCUGGUUUUCCUUUCUAGACUUCCUGGAAAAUGGAGGCACCCCACCCUUAAUUCCAUGAUGGUGGGGCUCAUCUGCUGAGCCAAACUGCCCCAUGACGUCAAGUGUUUCCUCCUGCUUGGAAUGAAUUCCUUACAGUGAAACAAUUUUGCAUACAUCUGUGCUGUUUCAAAGGAUUUGCAGCACAAUCCUACAUAAUUCAGUCGGGCUUAUGCCCAGGUAAGUGGAGUUGGGGCCUCAUCUUUAAAUCUGCAUCUUCAGAUUUCAAAGCAUUCUACAAAUUGCAGCUGUGAUUGAAUUUGGGAAGUACCGUAUUUUUUGCUCUAUAAGACUCACUUUUUCCCUCCUAAAAAGUAAGGGGAAAUGUGUGUGCGUCUUAUGGAGCAAAUGCAGGCUGUGCAGCUAUCGCAGAAGCCAGAACAGCAAGAGGGAUUGCUGCUUUCACUGCACAGCGAUCCCUCUUGCUGUUCUGGCUUCUGAGAUUCAGAUUUUUUUUUCUUGUUUUCCUCCUCCAAAAACUAGGUGCGUCUUGUGGUCUGGUGCGUCUUAUAGAGCGAAAAAUAUGGUAUGUGGGAUAAUUCUCUUCCUCCCUGUCCAUUCUCUGUCCUCUGAAAGGAUAUUGCAUGAUCACUUCAUCUAAUAGCAACUUAGGUGUAUUUAGGUAAUUUGAGACUGGGCUUAAUGGCCUCUCUAAAGAUUAGGGAUGGGGAACCUAUGGCCCUCCAGAUCUUGCUGGACUACAGCUCCCAUUGUCCCUGGCCACUGCUGCAUUACAUCACUUCCUUCAAAAUGUGGCACACCAGUCCUGUUGCAUUCAGCGGACCCUCUUGCCCAUUCUGCUGACUGGGUUCCUGGGUUUGUACCCCCAAAUCCUGCCCUGGCAGCAUCAGCAGACAUAUAAACACAUUUUUGCUAGUCAGGACCAGUUCUUGCAUUCUAUUUCUUAGAAGCAUUAACUUCUAAGCAAAACGAUUGCCUUUUUAAAAUAUAUGACUAGCUUCCCGCUCCAGACACCCUGUUUAUCAAGCAUUCAUUCCGAUUUUCUUGCGCAAAGCUUAAGCAGAGAUGAGAUUAUAUACAGUAUUUAUUGAGCAUUUGUUCUGAUUUGUUUGGUGAGUGGUUAUAUGGCAAUGAGUAUUUGUCCUUCAUUCAUUUUGCUUUGCUUGCAAGGUGUUUAUGCCUGCUGGUCAUUCAGUCAUUCCACACUUUUCAGUGCAUGCUCCUGUCAUUCUCCAAACUGCAAAGAAGCCUGAUUCUUUUUGAAAGUGGAUUUGUUGUGCUAGAGCAAGAGAGCAAUUUGAUCUAUUUUGAGUGUGGAAAACUAAAGUUUUGGUGUGCGGAUGAAUCCUUCCUGCAAAAUAGUGACAGUCUAGAGGCACCCCAGCAAAAUGCCUAUAAUUUAUGACAUAAUACCAGUGAGAUCACGGUCAGGGUGCUGACGACCUAGUGCCGAGAGUGGAAGGUAGAUUUAUCUUCCCCAUGGGAGUGAAAAUCAACUGUCCUUUAACAGUAGGAAUUGAUAGCUGAGCAAAGAACCAUAAUUUGGAUUAUAAGAUUCUUGCUUUAAUAAAAAUUCCUUAAAUACUGAAAAAAAGGGGAGGGGAAUGGAUGUAUUUUGGGAUGCCAUACUGCAACAUUUAGAGAUGUGGAAAAUCCAGUGGAUGCUUAUAUUCUCCUUCAGGAGGUGCAGUUAAAAGCAGUUCGCAUUGGAAUUUGCAAUGGUCAGAUUCUGUCACCGUGCCAACACAAAUAGUGGAGGCCAUGUCAACAGUCCCCACCUGAAAGUACUGUCUGAUGCAACCAGCAUCUCCAUGUGAUGCCCACCAGGAAGAGUGGCCAGUUAUCCUCUUUCAUGCUGGUUUCCCACUGCUUGUCUUCUUUCGCUGUGUGCCUGGCAGGCAGCAAAGCCAAUGCACUUUGAAUUAAGCAAUUUCCCAGGGCCAUUUGAGGAUUUACACGGUGCACAGCACCGCAGCGGGCUGGCAGUGGCUGCAGCAGGAUGAAGUGCUGGCUUGUUUCUGAAUUGAAAGCACCCACCAUGCCUUCACCCACUGACCACCUCCUUCCAUAGUAAAAAGAAAGAAACCAGAACCAGCAGAGGUGUUCUAGGUUAUUGUGCAAGCUACACCUGAUGUUGCUAGACUCUAAAUCCUAUCAGCCCGGAUCAUUGGCCAUGUUGUAUGGGAUUGAUGGGAGUUGGAGUCCUCCAGUGCAAGGGUAACCACUGGUUCCCCAUCCCUACUUUAGCGGGCUUGUUCGAUCUGCCUACAGGCAGACAUUCCUUAUAGUAUGGAUGUGGAAGCUAUGGCUAUCUGGAUGCUCUUGAACUCCGAACCCCAUCAAUUCCAGAUAGCAUGACUGAGGGAGGUUCUUCAACAACACCUGGAGGGUCACACAUCUGGUUAAAAUAUUAGAACAGUAAGAAAACCACCAAGAAGCAGUGGGAUCAGGGCACAGCAGAAGGGCACAGCCAGGUUCAGUCCCUGCCCUCCCCAAUUAAAAUAGGGAUUAGCAGCUGGUGAUGGGAAAGACUAUAUGCUGGAGAUCCCAGAAAGCCAUUGCAAGUCAUAGUAACUGCUGCCUCCCACAUUGUUUUUGCUGCAAUAGCAGCACUAAAGUGACCAGCACUGAAGUGACCUCUCUGGGACGCAAUCUUGGGCAUCAUGUGUGGAGGUCCUGGGCUGCCCAGAGAGCAAGACUUUGGACUCAUUGAUGUGGUCCAAAGCAAAGCAGAGCAUUAAUUGUGCUGAGAGUUUCCCAAUUCGUUGUAUUUUGAAAUCCAGUCCUAUGCUGGAUCAGGGAUCUCCUGUCUCCCAAGCAGUCACAAUUACUGUACAUGAUGUGAGUCGGAGGCAUCAUUAAAAUAAAUUAGUGCAUGUUGAGAUGAAAUAAUUGUUUUACAUAAACUCCUCCAGGGGAAGAAGAUGGAGAUGGCAAAUCGCAUUAAUCCUGCCAUCCUAUUCUCUGAUACGGAACAAGUGUCACAGCUUUGCGUUGGUGUAGAGGGAAGCCGAGUCAGCAGAAAAGUUUCUGCAUGGUUUUGUAAACACUGGGCCAAAUACUGGCGGCACAUGUUUCUCCAUCUCAAGACUGUUUUUGUUUUUGCACAAUUUGCAAAAUGAAUCACUGGCAAUUGGUGAUGAUGCAUUUACUGAGUAAAGCCUAAGGAAGAGCAAGCUAACAAAACAAGAAACCACGUGCAUAAAUGGGAGGAGAUAGAAGUCUUAACGUGCCCAGUGGCCUGGGAUGGAAGGGCAUGAGGUUUUCAAGAUCGCCUUUCAUCAGCUAUAAAAUAAAAGCCAUAAGUAAUUAGAGAGCCAGGGAAUACCCAACAAUUCUGGGAUCAAAUCAGAAACUGGGAUGGCUUCUGUAAAUCUGGGACUGUCCCUGGAAAAUAGAAAAUACUUAGAGGGUCUGGAAACGGUGGCAUGAAAGGAAAUUUGUGUGAGCCCUUAGUCGUUUUGCCAUGGAUUAAUUCAUCUAUCCCUCGGGAAUAGACCUUUCCAUGAGCUAUGUUCCCCAAAGAACGGUGCUUUAAAAGUUAUUAAUUUGAUCAUUGUAGCCUGGAUCCCUGCCAGCGGUUGUUUAGCAAAUAAACAUUGUAACUGCUGGGUGAUUGAAGUUUUAAUUACUAAGCAAUUAACACUUCAAGAUUUCAAGGCAGAACAUUGUGCGGAAGGUGCUGCAGCUUAGGCAGGAGGGAAGGGAAUGCAAAGGAGAGCAGAACCUAAAAGGAAUGGAGGAGGAGGAGGAGGAGGAGAAAUGGAGGCCUGGAUUGCAACCGCCUUCCUCACAGGGCCAUUGUGAGGAUGACACGGUGGGGGCGCGGAUGGACAUUGAUCAGCCUCAGUUCUUUCUAGUCCAGCAUCCUGUUUUUUCAGUGGCCAACCAGGUAUAUAAAGAAUAAUAAAAAAGGACUUCUGAUUUAAAAAUCUCACCUCCAUAGAGUGGGUCCAAAGGGUUGAAACGAUGGGCAAAAUCUUUAUCUCCUACAGGAGAUAGAGAUGGCCAUCAAUUUGGAUGGCUCUUAAAGAGGAUUGGAGAAAUUCAUGGAGGAUAAGGCUGUUGACAGCCAGUAGUCAUGACAACCACGCUCUGCCUCCAUGCUGAAAGGCAGUCAUGCUUUUGAAUGCCAGCUGUUUGAAACCACUGGGUGGAAGAGGGAGUGCUCUUUCGCUCAGAUCCUGCAUGUGUGCUUCCUACAGGCAUCUGGUUGGCCACUGUGAGAACAAGAUGCUGUUAGGAUUCCUGCUCCAUGACUGCAGUCAUGGGAUUUUUGUCAGUAUAUGUUUUGACUCCACAGAGUGGGAAGUGACGGGGACAGGAUGUUUGUGUUACUGUGUUCAGUGAAGUGGGACUAAUGUCCUUUGUCCUUUUUCUCUUUGCUGUCUGAUGUGAGAGAGAGAGGGAGCCAUGUUGCAGUGCUCCAUGUGUGUUUAUAUGUAAAUAAAGUAGAUUAGCCAAAAUGCUGAGUUGCUGAGGUCUGUCACACAAUGAUGCGAAGACUCUGCGGAUCCCUAAGUGUGCCGGUGUCCGUUGGCAUCGGUUGCUGUGAUGUUCGGGCAGAAGAAAGCUUUUGAAGCUCCCGAACUAUCGACCAAGAGGGAGGGAACAUGCCAGUCGGGCAUGUGUCUCUGCCAGGUUCCUCCCUGACUGUAGGCUGAACUCCUGACAGAUGCUAGACUAGAUGGGCCAUUGGCCUGAUCCAGCAGAACAUUAUGUUCAUAUGUUCUUACUGUGCUCCCAUUACAGGGGUGAGGAACCUCAGGCCUGGAUGAAGUGAAUGCGGCCCCCUGCCUUCUCCAUCUGGCCCUCAGAAUUCUCCACCCGCCACACCCCCUCUCCUCAAGCACACCCCUCUAUGCCUCUUGUUACACACCCCAAGUGUUUUUGCCUGGCAGGAAUGUGUCCUUGAAUUCCCAUAAUGCCUUGUGCUCAGAGGGGAAUUUGGGCUUCAGACUGAAUAAUCUUCCCCAUUAGAACAAGAAGGAAAGUCUUGGAAUAUGGUGUUAGAAGGAAGGUACAGAAUGGCUAAAAAGGGAGCAAUUAUUUCAGUUUGAGCCAAGGCUUGUCAGAGCUCAGAUACCAGAUUUAUUAACAAUGCCGGGCAGAAGUUCAAAAGUAUGGUUUAAAUGAAAGGCUGCAUUUCUGCCUGAUGAGCAGCAACUCUGAAAAACAGCAGCCCUACCAGGCUGGGGUGGGUAGCGGGGGCAGCUGCACAGUGAGUGCAACAGCUUCUUUCUUAUCUCUCCCUUCCUCCCCAGCGAUGCUCUUCCCAUCCGCUCAGCGAGUGAAGAGGUCUUCGGCAGCUCUCCUCAACCCAGUGCUUCAGAAGUCUCAGGAUGAUGUGGACCUUCUGUUUGAGGUUCAGUAUACACCAGAGAACCAUCUUUCUGUGUAGAAAUAUACCAGAUAUGACAAUAUCUUCAAGGCAGCACAGAGAAUAAGGAGCUUGGUGCAGAGCGGUGUUGGACAGCCUGGUGCAACAGAAGCACUUGUUGACUUACUGCUGUUUACAAAGGGUGGUGCUCCCGCCAGUGUGUUUGCACCAUGCUGCCUUCCUGCUGUCUCGCCCAUCCUCCUCCUCUCAGUAACCAGCAGUGACUCACCUGCUCACCUGCUCUAUGCUACUGGCGGAAAGAUGCCAUGGCAUUUAUUUGCAGGCUUUUGCUCUCAUGUUUAAGAGCAGCCAUCCACGCUGCUGAAAUAAAGUUACAGGCAUUAGGGGAAAAACCCUGAAGAAUCCGUUUACUGUGAUUAGAGAACGAGGCAUAUGGAAAGGCUCUCUCCCACAUCAAAUAUAGAAUCACAGAAUCACUGUGAAGUUGUCACUGUCAAUCUGCAGCUUCCUUGCUGAAACCAAUAAGCAUGCUUAAAGUUGUCACCAUAAAGCAGGAAUAGGGAACCAUCAUCCCGCACAGCCUGCAAAUGUCCCGGAAAAAACAGGACAUCCCGUUUUCUCACGCGAGAGCACAGCAACCAUUUUGGGUGCCGUGACUCAUACAGGAACAUGGGUGGGAAGACACACGUCUUGGGAUUCCAAGAUGUUGUUGUUGUUUUGAAUAUUUUAUUAGUUGAAUAUAAGAACAACAUAUAAUCAAAUACAAGCAAUCAAAUACAGUGGGAUUCCAAGAUAUUGAUGGGUAUGCACCCCUGGCUAUUGGCUAUGCUGGCAGGGGCUGAUGGGAAUUGAAGUCCAACAACAUGUGGAAAGCCACAGGUUCCGUGGCCCAGCCCCAGAGCAAUAUUUUAACAGAAAUCGUAGACCAAGUAGAUGGUGGGUUAGAUGCUGGCUUCAGAAGAACGUGGUCUCAGACACAGCUGAGUGAUGGACUACAGCUGUAAGGGCUGCUGACCUGCCUCCUGCCAUUUUAUUUCUAAACUAAUCAGCCCCUUUGUCUGCUUUAUGUUCCAAUAAAAACAAUCUAAAUUUAACCUAAAUGUUAUGCAUUGUUCCUGUGGGAGGAUGGCUGGGUUCUCCCAAACAGCAAAUGAGCCAAGUUUUGUUUGGAAGGUACCGCUCCAAAAGACAGAUGCCCUGCCAUCUUUUGGGACAACUUUGCCUCAUUCCUCCUCUGUGUGUUUCUGCCCCCAGCUUCUUCUAAGUGAGCUGCAGAUCAACGACGACCUGAAGAUCUCUGUCAAAGAUGAGGAGCUGGCUUCGAUGAGGAAGGCGACUGCAUUUGACACUCUCUGCAAUGACGUCAUCCCUAAAAGCAUCACGGACAUUCGCCGACUGAAUGCAAGGCUGCUGGGCCACCCUGGGGUGCUAAAGAAAGAAGAUUUCGAAAGGACAGUGUUGACCAUGGUCUACACAGCCUAUAGGGCAGCUCAGUCCCAAGGUCACCAGAAAGACACGUGGGCUGAAUCCUUUGUGGGUCUCUACAAGGCCCUGAAGCACGACUUGACAUUCUCAACCAGCCAGACGUCCUCAUCUCAACGGACUUUGUAGUCCAGAAAUUUACUUUAAUAGGAAGCACAUCUGCCUCUUUGCUUUGUUUUUGUAUAUAUAAAAAGUUUAGGACUGCAGGCAUG